AUGGACAGACCAAACAACAACAAACAAACCGCACCAGAAAAAGAAGGCCACGCUCUCUGUCACUUCCCCCCUCCUAUUUCUCUACCUCUCUCUCUCUUUCUUGUUAUGGUUGUUGUUUCUCAGAUGAUCGCUUUGAGAGAAUUUUAUUGUAAGAAGAGGAGGAACGGGGGGUUAAAAAUACACAAGACUGAAGUUAAUAGUGGGAAGAAUCAAGAUGCCCUGGACAGCCUUCUACAUGUUUUUCAACCGGACUUGCACUCGUCUCGUUGUCUUUUUCCUCGUGAUUCUGUAAAUUUACCUUCCUUUCAGGUGAGUAGCUUCUGCCACUUCUUGUCUGUCAAGCGUUUAUUUCCGAAAUUCGGAGUAGCUAUUUGUUGUUGUUGUGUCUGUUUUACUGUGAGAAUGUGCUUUGUUGGAAACAAGAAGGGAAACCGAACAUUGAAGGAAAUAGGAACCUUUAUGAUGACUACAUGUUUCAUUGCUAAUUACCAAUCCGUUCAAGUUUCUCAGGCAGAAUAUUUCAGACAGUUGCUAAAGCCUGUAACGUAG